UGCCGGAGGAGGAGGAGGAGGCGGCCGUUGUUGUGUUGAGGAAGGGCUGAGGCGGAGUCUCCCGUUACUGCGCGAUGUGCUGAGGCGAUGGUGCCGCCGUCCUCCCCGCUCCUGGCCCUCCUCGUUCUCCUCCUGCUCCCCGGCGACCAAGGCCUCUCCCGGGGGCGCCUGAGGGGCGGAAGAAGGGCCCCAGGGCCCCCCGUCGUCUUGGUGCCAGGAGAUUUGGGUAAUCAGCUAGAAGCAAAGUUGAACAAGCCUUCGGUCGUGCACUACCUCUGCUCCAAGAAGACGGACAGCUACUUCACCAUAUGGCUGAACUUGGAACUGCUGCUUCCGGUCAUCAUUGACUGCUGGAUCGAUAAUAUCAGGCUUGUAUACAAUAAAACUAGUGGUGCCACUGGACCACCAGAUGGGGUUGACAUCAAAGUCCCUGGAUUUGGACACACUUUCCCCUUGGAAUUCCUCGACCCUAGUAAAAGAAGUGUUGGAACCUACUUCUAUACCAUGGUGCAGCAUUUGGUUGACCUGGGCUAUCAGCGGGAUGAAGAUAUUAGAGGUGCUCCAUAUGAUUGGCGGAAGGCACCAAACGAGAAUCAAUACUACUUUGUGGCACUCCGCAAGCUGAUAGAGAUCAUGUAUGAAGAGUACGGCGAGCCAGUGGUUUUAAUUGCUCACAGCAUGGGAAAUAUGUACACCCUUUACUUCCUUAAGCACCAGCCUCAGGACUGGAAAGACAAAUACAUCAGAGACUUUGUGUCACUGGGCGCUCCGUGGGGUGGAGUGGCUAAAACGCUCCGAGUGCUGGCGUCAGGUGACAACAACCGGAUCCCGGUGAUCAGCUCCCUUAAGAUCAGAGACCAGCAGCGUUCUGCCGUUUCUACCAACUGGUUGCUUCCUUACAACUACACAUGGCCUGCAGACAAGAUCCUUGUCAGCACACCAACUGCUAACUAUACUCUCCGAGAUUACCACAAGUUCUAUACUGACAUUGGUUUUGAGGACGGCUGGCGCAUGAGAGAAGAAACUGAGUCCUUGGUCUAUGAGAUGCCACCUCCGGGGGUGCGUAUCCAUUGCCUCUACGGCACUGGCGUGGACACCCCGGACUCCUUCUUCUAUGACGGCUUCCCAGACAAGGAGCCUAAAAUCUUCUACAGCGAUGGGGAUGGGACGGUGAACCUGCAGAGUGCCUUACAGUGCCACAGGUGGGUGGGUCGGCAGAAGCAGGAAGUCAGGCUCCAGGAGCUGCCGGGAAGCGAACACAUUGAGAUGCUCUAUGAUCCUCAGACCAUUUCCUAUGUGGAAAAGGUUCUCUUUGGCUCCUGAUGCAUUGCAGAACUUUUCUUUUCUAUGACAUUUGAGGGUCUCUUUAAGAGGAAGAGGGGAAAGGCGAACGUCUGGUUGUUUUGGACCCAUAUUGAAAAACCGGCUUGUUGGGACUGGCUGGGAAUCUGUGUUGAUGUCAGUUAGGGAUCACUCAUCUCUGAUUAGUGCUCAUAACACUGUAGUGUCCUACACUGAAGAGGCUCAGUCCAGCUGUAUUUCGGCACCUCUAGUGCAAUGCCCACUGUACAUAUAGUUGAAUGUAUCAGGGAGGACUUUCUGUACGUACAGAGCGGCAGAGAGAAAAGAGACAAUGUUAGGACUGCACAGGGCUCCUUGAAUGGUCCUAAAUGGUGGAUCGUUGCUCCCGGUAGGGAAGCUGCCAUUAAAUGAGCACAGACAUGAUUAAAUAUUACAAAGCUUGUUGCCAUCCAGUCAGGCAGGCAUUGCUCUUGGAGGAGAUGAACAUUUGUGUCCUGAUAGGGUCUUUACAUCACUAAGCUGAAAGUGUAUGUUUGGUCCUUUUACUUGAGUAAAGUGGAGGCGAAGAAGUAGAAAUCUCUAGGAUUUUCAUAAAUGCAUAUUGGACACUGAUUUGGCUGCGGUCCUAAAGAUUCAUUUUAUAAACGCUUUCUGGAAGGAAGUGGAUUUUCAGUGUUGUUGAGGGACCUUGGCUGCUGUUUGAAUGCUUGUGUGACUAUUUAUUCAGAAAGACCAAGGCUGCUUUACGAAAUGUUCUGGGUUCAAUGUGUCGUUCUUUCCUGUCUAGAGUGACAACUUGAUAGCAUUUGCAGGCUGCCAGCUGCACUGUUUUUGUUACCGGGGUGGGUUUCCUAAACUCUUGGCAGUUACUAGGAUACAAUAUCUUGUAGGGAGAGUCCAUUUUUCUUGUACUAUUACCCCCCUUCUGUAUUUAACUGACUUCAUUUCCUAGGAAGGGGAGGACAGUUCUGUAGAGCACAGUGACAGGUUACGGAGCUGCCCUUGACCCUGGAAAAUAAAAUUAUUAUUAUUAAGUGCUGUGAUGUGGAGCGGCAAUUACCCCAAGCAAACCCAUUAGAACAGGCAUGGGCAAACUUCGGCCCUCCGGGUGUUUUGGACUUCAACUCCCACAAUUCCUAACAGCCAGUAGGCUGUUAGGAAUUGUGGGAGUUGGAGUCCAAAACACCCGGAGGGCCGAAGUUUGCCCAUGCCUGCAUUAGAGUUAACACAUCUUGCUUGUAGUGCCCCACAAAAGGCCUUGUGGCUGAGUGAUAUUUUUAAAAAGACCAGCAAAUGAAUGUCCAGUAGUUGCCUGGCACAAGUAACCUCGAUGCCUUGAUGCUACUGAGUUUGGGUCGGAAUCUGCAUUGAAACCCUGAAAGCACAAAACCAGGGAAGUUAUACGCAGGGAUGUGUAUAAUAGGGAACCUCUCUUGAGAUUUGUGCCAAAAGAAAUCUCAAACUGAAAACAGCAAUGCCCCGGAGAGGUAAAAGUUCUGAGUGAGCCGAACUGACCCCAAUCUCCAGUGAGCAAACCGAGAGGGGAAAAAAGAUUUCUUGAACCAGACUUUUAAACAGAUUAUAAGAUUAAGCAGAUUCUUCAGUGAUGGGUCAUGGCACAAAAGCUGAUUUCUCUGUUACCACUCCUGUGCACCACUUGCUUUAAUAAAUAUCCAAAUCAUAAUGAUGUUACAUUGCAAAAAAAAAAUUUAGCACAAUGUCAAUCCUCCCAAUAAAUAUUUUAGUAUGAAUUUUUAGAGACAUUCAUAAUACUCAUUUCCCUGUUUUUUCAAUAAUGCUGGAACCAGUUGAAGUAUCAAACCACUUGACAGAUUCGGCUAUGACAUUUUUGCCUUAUUUCCACCAGAUAUCUUUUAACAGUUUGCAGUUGGAUUUGACUUGUCAGCAGAAAAGGGCUUUUUGGUGUGACUUGCAGGUAUUGUGGUGUUCAGAGAUUGUGAUGCAAAUGCAACCUGCCAAACCAGCCCCGUUACUAAUUAAACUUCUAAACUUGGCUGUAAAUUUGAUUGCAUCUUGUACACUGAGAUAUUUUCCAUCCUGACCUGAUUUUGUCCUAUAGCUUUAAAGCACCAUGAUACUUACUGUCUUCAAAGGAUGUAGAAAGAACAAGAGUCCUUUUCCAUGCAGAGCUUGGAACGUUUGCACUUGCUGAAAUGGUUUGUGUUGUGGCAGAAAACUGACUAAAAUCUAUUACUGGGAAACAAGUGGGAAACUAUUGAGUGACUUGCUGCUUUCUUUAUCAUGUGCCAUCAAUAGGUUUGGCACUUGUAUAGGUAAUAUAAGCAAAACAAUAGGUAACUGAUUUUGGGGAGCUUCUAAUCUAAAUUACAACAGAAAGAAGGGAGUGAAACAGAUUUGUUCUGUCACUUAGGCUUGGCUUCAGUUGUAGAUGGAGAGGCUUAGCCCUGAAAAGCAAGUCAGGUUUGUGGGCAUUCACCUUAUUCCACUAUAACGGAGAACUGGCACCUGCUGCUUUGAUUUCUCUAGUCUUUUUCCAAUGUGCCAAGUGUAUCUCCAUUCCCACUUGUGCAGAUGUCCAUCUUGCUCACUCUUGUUUAUUCCCAUUUACCUGACAGUGUUUGCUCCAGGUAGCAGCAGUUGAAUUCAGUAUGACUAGGCCGGCAGUGUUAGGUGUUUCCUUGGUGCUUUUGUGGAUUAAGUGACUGUUCUUUCUCCUCUUGGUGCUGUGUAGUGACAUUAUACUUGUUCCAGUGAUAACCGUAAUGUCGCUAAAACAUCAUUUUUGGCUGGAUUUUUCUUCUUUCCGACAACUUGACAACUCUAAAUAUGUGUAGCAUGACGGAACAAGUCAAAGUGAGUGAUAUCUACAUCUUAAUAUUGUGAAUGAUGGUCACUCCCAAAUCCGAACGGCAGUGUACCGGACGCUUUGAGGUUUUUCAAACUUUCUGUCAGUCUUGGCCAGAAUCCCACAAGUUGAACUAUCAUCAUGAAACUUGCUUUCUGCAAACAGCAGCCUUUCUCAAACAACUCCAGGCCCAUAUUGCUUUUAUGAUAUAGCCUGGGAAUCAAUUCUUCAGAAAAAUUAAACGAAAGAGUGAUUCAAGAUCUCUUUGGAUCCUGAAGGCUGCUGUUGACCUGAAUUUAUGAAGGAAGCAUUUUCUAGCAGCUUGUGUCUUCAUAGUAUCCUUUGGAGCUGUUAGAAAUCAGUUGUUUUCAAAUGCAAAUGACUUUCUUCCUAGAAUUUUUUUAAAACUCAAAUACUUUAUGCGGACCAAAUGUACUUAACUCCUGAUACGAGAUAGAAAGAGCUGGAUAGGACUUCAGCCUUGUGUAUGUGUGUGCGAAGUUACGAAUGCUGCUGCAAAGUGUCAGGGUCACUGUGUGAUUCUGUUAAAAAAAGGGUAGGCUUCCCCACUGAGCAAUAAGUGCAAAGGAGUUUUUAGGCCAAAGUUGCGAAUUCCUGCCAUUUAAGCUACUUUGUGGAGUCCAUAGUGUUUGAGCUCUUCAGAUAUUCAGGGACGAAGCAACUACUUUGCUGUUCUCUGCUUGACAGUAUUUUGUAUGGAACACUGCCCAACAAGGCCUGUUGUUUUUAUACACAUCUUUUAUCUGUGUUCUGUAGAAUGUUUUUGCCUAUCUGAUUGUCAUACUUUGAUAACACAAUAAAGUUGAUCAAAUGCUUCA